UCGGUGCGCCAGUGGGCUCCGAGUGACGUCUAAAGGGUGUGCGCCGUCCAGCCCUCCACGCUGUGGAGUAUCCAUGGUAACGCGUCAGCCGCCGACCUCGGGCCAUUUUCCCAAGGCUCGAGGAUCUCUAGAUGUCCCGUCAUCUCGAGGGCGUGUAGAACGGGCUUUGGGGGAGGAAUGAACAAAAAUCGACUGGGAGUUUUUUCAAAACACGUACAUAUACCCUGCCACCCACCCCGCUCUCCUAGGCGCGUCAGAACUGCUGGGACAUCUGUCACGUCCCCGGUGAUUCUGACACUCUUGUCCUACGCCUCAGCUAUUGAGAACUACUGGUAUGGAGGUCUUGUAACUUAUCAAGGGGCGGCCUCAGAUCUCUCUGCCUCGCAGAUGCCUUCCUCACCCGGGUCAGAAUGACUUGCCUCAGGCUCUUACCAGAGUUUGCACCACUCAUUUCUUCUCUGUAAUUAUUUGUUUGCGUAUCUGUCUCCCCACUGGGCUGCCGCUUCUUGUUGGGUACUGGCUCUGUUUUAUUUAUCUGUCCUCUUCCCUUCCAAAUGCUUGGCCAGGAAAAGUGCCCUUUAUAAUAAAUCGACUUGAAUUGGGGGUGGUGGUAGGGGGCUGUCAAUGAGAAUGAAUUCAGGGUGAAACUAGGUAGGACAGUCUCCCAGGAUUAGUUUGGGGUUGAGCUGGGGAGCUCCAGGUGUAUAGGGAGGGGUCCUAUUGUGACUAUGGUGGAAUAGCCAUUAUACUGAGUGACACUGGGUGAGUGAGGUGGGGGAGAGACUAGACAACACCCCACAUAACCCACCUUGACAGAUGUCUCAGAAAGAUUAUGGGAAUUUCCUGGCCCCUCUGCAAUAUGGGAUUCCAUUUUGCUACCUCUAGAAGGACAGGGUCUUGUUUUCAUAGCUCUGCCUUGUGCUCAGGUAUAAAGGCAUGCGAGACCUGAGCUACUACUACAAUACCCCACACAGAAGGAGAAAAGCAGGCACAUCUGGACUCAAGUUUUGUGGUCCCAGCUCAGCGUCACAGACCUUUGUGGAAGCAGCAACAGCUCCCAUCCUUCCAACCUUUCUGGAGAAGCUGUGGCCUGAUGGUGAGCCAAAUAGGCUGGGGGGGGAGAAGAGGGCGGCUGGGGCGGUGGGGAGACCUGGGGCCUGGAUCAGUGCCCCUGCUCCCCAUGCCACUGCCAUCUCCUCCUCCUCCUUCAUGCCGGGGACCUGGGGGAGGGAGGAUCUCCAUCUUCUCUCUGUCCCCUGCCCCUCAUACAAGAAGCUCCCCCUCCUCAUUUUCCCCUCCCACCCCAAGGCCCCCUUGCUCAGUGCUACAGGGGACAGGGGCUCAGCCUUGCCACAGUGCUCUCCCCACCCCAGCCACCCCCCCAACACAGGCUCAACCUGCAAUGACUCCUGCCUCUGCAUCUCCCUCCUGGGGAUCCCACUGUACCCCACCCCUGGCCUCGGCAACUCCCCCUCCCUCACACCAGUGCCCCCAGGACUCUCCUGGGCUGCGGGUAGGCCCUUUGAUCCCUGAACAGGAUUAUGAGCGGCUGGAGGACUGUGACCCUGAGGGGUCCCAAGACUCACCCAUCCACGGGGAGGAGCAGCAACCCCUGCUUCAUGUCCCUGAAGGGCUCUGCGGCUCCUGGCAUCACAUCCAGAACCUGGACAGCUUCUUCACCAAGAUCUACAGCUACCACCAGCGGAAUGGCUUUGCCUGCAUCCUGCUGGAGGAUGUCUUCCAGUUGGGACAAUUCAUUUUCAUUGUCACCUUCACAACCUUCCUCCUUCGAUGUGUGGAUUACAAUGUUCUCUUUGCCAACCCACCAAGUAACCGUACGAGACCUGGGCCAUUCCACAGCAAAGUGACCUUGUCAGAUGCCAUCCUACCCUCAGCCCAGUGUGCUGAGAGGAUCCGCUCCAGCCCGCUGCUCGUCCUCCUCCUGGUCCUGGCUGCGGGCUUCUGGCUGGUCCAACUGCUUCGCUCAGUCUGCAACCUCUUCAGCUACUGGGACAUCCAGGUGUUUUACAGGGAGGCCCUGCACAUCCCCCCGGAGGAGCUGAGCUCGGUUCCCUGGGCAGAGGUGCAGUCCCGCCUCUUGGCGCUGCAGCAGAGCGGGGGCCUGUGCGUGCAGCCGCGGCCCCUGACGGAGCUGGACGUCCACCACCGCAUCCUGCGCUACACCAACUACCAGGUGGCGCUGGCCAACAAGGGCCUGCUGCCGGCCCGCUGCCCGCUACCCUGGGGAGGCAGUGCCGCUUUCCUCAGCCGCGGCCUGGCGCUCAAUGUCGACCUGCUGCUCUUCCGCGGUCCCUUCUCGCUCUUCCGCGGGGGCUGGGAGUUGCCGCACGCCUACAAGCGCAGCGACCAGCGGGGCGCCCUGGCAGCGCGCUGGGGGCGCACAGUGCUGCUGCUGGCCGCCCUGAACCUGGCGUUGAGUCCACUGGUGCUGGCCUGGCAGGUGCUGCACGCCUUCUAUAGCCACGUGGAGCUGCUGCGGCGCGAGCCCGGCGCGCUUGGGGCGCGCGGCUGGUCCCGCCUGGCGCGCUUGCAGCUGCGCCACUUCAACGAGCUGCCGCACGAGCUGCGCGCGCGCCUGGCGCGCGCCUACCGCCCCGCCGCAGCUUUCCUGCGCACCGCUGCGCCCCCCGCGCCCCUGCGCGCGCUGCUGGCCCGCCAGAUCGUUUUCUUCGCGGGUGCACUCUUCGCCGCGCUGCUUGUGCUCACCGUCUACGACGAGGACGUGCUGGCCGUGGAGCACGUGCUCACCGCCAUGACCGCUCUCGGGGUCACCGCCACCGUGGCCAGGUCUUUCAUUCCGGAAGAGCAGUGCCAGGGUCGUGCGCCGCAGCUUCUACUGCAGACCGCCCUGGCCCACAUGCACUACCUCCCGGAGGAGCCUGGCCCCGGUGGCAGGGACCGCGCGUACCGGCAGAUGGCGCAGCUGCUGCAGUACCGAGCGGUCUCCCUCCUAGAGGAGCUCCUGUCCCCGCUCCUCACCCCGCUAUUUCUGCUUUUCUGGUUCCGCCCUCGUGCCCUGGAGAUUAUCGACUUUUUUCAUCACUUCACUGUGGAUGUGGCUGGGGUUGGGGACAUCUGUUCCUUUGCCCUUAUGGAUGUGAAGCGCCACGGCCACCCUCAGUGGCUCUCGGCGGGACAGACUGAGGCCUCGCUGUCUCAGCGUGCGGAGGAUGGCAAGACUGAGCUUUCUUUGAUGCGGUUCUCCCUGGCGCAUCCGCUCUGGCGCCCCCCAGGGCACAGCUCUAAGUUUCUUGGGCACCUCUGGGGCCGAGUACAACAAGAUGCAGCUGCCUGGGGUGCCACCUCGGCUCGCAGCCCCCCCACCCCGGGGGUGCUCAGCAAUUGCACCUCACCCCUGCCUGAGGCCUUCCUGGCCAACCUCUUCAUGCACCCUCUCCUGCCUCCGAGGGAUCUGAGCCCGACAGCCCCCUGUCCAGCUGCAGCCACAGCCAGCCUCCUUGCCUCCAUUUCCCGCAUUGCCCAGGACCCCAGCUCUGUGUCCCCAGGAGGCACUGGGGGCCAGAAGCUGGCCCAGCUCCCAGAACUUGCUUCUGCCGAGAUGAGUCUCCAUGCCAUCUACCUGCACCAGCUUCACCAGCAGCAGCAGCAGGAGCCGUGGGGCGAGGCUGCAGCCUCCGUCCUGUCCAGGCCCUACUCCAGCCCCUCACAGCCACCCUCGCCUGAUGAGGAGAAGCCAUCCUGGUCAAGUGAUGGCUCCAGUCCGGCCUCCAGCCCCAGACAACAGUGGGGAACCCAGAGGGCCCGGAAUCUGUUCCCUGGAGGGUUUCAGGUGACAACAGACACCCAGAAGGAGCCUGACGAGGCCUCUUGCACUGACUGAGACGACUCCUCAGGGUACCCUGGCUUCCGCAGCCACAGGAGAUUGGAGGGUGGAGUGGAAGAACACAAGGAGCCAUUGCUAGAGGCCCCAUAGAUGACAGGCCCAGGUGCUUUAGUUGGGCAGCACCUGGGAGUCAGUGAGGAACUCGCCCUGAGAAGAGAGAAAAGGUAGGAGAGGAGAUGCUGAUGGCAUCUGGAAACAAGUCUUAGAGAUGGUCCCCACCCAGAAGGGAUAAGGGGAGACACCCCCAACUGCAGUGUGUCCUGGAGCAGUUGCCUGGGAAGAAGUCCUCGAGUUUCCUCAAGGUGGGGGACAGAGGUCAAGGAUGAGGCCAAGCUACAUGGAAGGGUGGCAGUGAGGCAGGUGGGCUUUAAGGCUGUGGAUUCGUCACACUGGCGGCUGCCGGCACACUUUCAGUUCCCUGGGGCUUGCAGGGGAUGGGGACUUGUGAGUGGAAAGACGAGAGGGCUGAUGUUUUUGGACUUCAGCAUGGGUGUGAUGUCUGAGGAAGUGGGUGUGGCUCCCCAUCCUGUAUGAAAUAAGCAGUAAAGCUUGCUCACGGCUGUUGCA